UUUUCUAACAAUUAAAUUGAAAGGGGCUUAAAUCCAACUGUUGAUUUGAUGAAAUAUGAUAACUACAGUGAAGAUACAUGGUAGGGUAUGCUUGGUUCAUUUCCUGGGAUUUCCCUUCCCUCUAAGAAAUUGCAGUGGUACUAGAUCUAAAAAUGCUUAUACCUGUAGAAUUGGAUCUUGAAUCAUUAUUUACAUGCUGUAAAUUGUGAAUUAUAAAUUAACGUAAAUGAAGAACCAGUGUCCCCAGUGGAAUUACUCAUAUAGUAUAAAAACAGCAGCAAUGAUGACAGAAAGAAAUUGAAAUAAAAAAUAAUAGAAUGGAGGUGAAAUCUUUCUCCUUUCACUAACUCUUAUAUGCUGUGCUAUCUUUAGCUUGAACUUGGACCUCUUGCUCUAGCUGCAACUCUGCAAAAACGACAACAAAAAAUGGGGUUUCUGGUUUUUGUUUCUUUGGAUGAUGAAUCACAACAUUCCGAUAUUAAGCUAUGCUACAGAAACACAGUUCCAACAUACAAUAAAUACAAAAAACAUGU